AUGGCAUUACGAACUCCGAUGAAAAAAUCACAAUUCGGCUCGAGAGAUUUACUCGCCAAUGGUGGUGGUUGUCCAGUUGAAGUUUUCUGUCGUUUGCGGCCACCUAAAGAAAGCACGAAUGAUCAAGAAACCGAGAAUUCGACAUCGUCAGUCAAAGUCUCAAGCUCAACCGAACUUACUCUUUUCUCAUCAGAGAAUACAAAAAAUGGGCAAAUUCGAGAAUCUCAUUAUGAAUUUUCUCACAUUCUUACGGACGAUGUGACACAGUCAGCUGCUUUUAAGGAAUUAGCCAUACCACUCCUCGAUGAUCUUAUUCAGGGCAAAAACAGCGUUUUAUUUACAUACGGAAUUACUGGCUCGGGUAAAACAUAUACAAUGAUGGGACCAAACAACAAUCCAGGUUUAAUUCCACGUUCGUUUGAUGUUAUUUUCAAUUCAGUCGGCCCAUAUCUGGGAAAAAAAUAUUUACUUCGUUCUGAUCGUCAGAAUAGUUAUGAAAUUCAAAGUGAAGCAGAUAUUCUAAUCGAACGUCAACGAAAAGAAAUUCAAAUGGGAAAAAAUAAUCAACGGGCUAAAAUACCAGAGACAACGACAGCUGCGCGUACAUUAGACAUGACAUCAUUGUGGAAUCCACAAUUGAAUGAAGACUGUUCGUAUUUCGUGUUUGUAACGUUCGUAGAGAUUUACAAUAAUUAUAUCUAUGAUUUAUUCGACGAUGACAUUCUCAAUAAAGCACCACAAUCGAAACAAUUACGCGAUGAUAAUCGCGGUCGACCUUAUAUUCGAGACGUUAAAGAAAUCGAAGUGCGUUCAAGUGAUGAAGCGAUUGAAUUAUUAAAUAUGGGUUUAAAACGUCGUCGUAUUGCACAUACACAAUUGAACACGGAAUCAAGUCGAUCACAUAGUGUACUUUCGAUGCGUCUCGUUCAAUAUCAUAAUGAUAUUCCAGUAACAUCACUGACAAAGGAUGAUCUGAUGAUUAGCACGAUUCAUCUGGUUGAUUUAGCUGGAAGCGAGCGUGUCAAUCGAGCGAAAACUGUUGGCGAACGAGUGAAAGAAGCGAGUAACAUCAAUUCAUCUUUAAUGGUACUCCGACAAUGUUUUGAGAUUUUACGUGAGAAUCAAUCACAAGGUGCCGUCAAGAUGGUACCAUAUCGUGAAUCUAAAUUAACGUCAUUCUUCAAAAGUUACUUCGAUGGCGAAGGCCGAAUCAGAAUGAUCCUAUGCGUUAAUCCAGCCGCAGAUGGUUAUGAAGAAAUUCAACAUGCGUUGAAAUUUGGUGAAUUGACAAAGGAUGUUUUAGUGCCACGUGCUUUACCUCCUCCACCGCCAGUGCCACCGAAAGUCACUCGUGCAAAUGCUCCCUUACGUGAAAUUGAAAAUCAACCACAAGGAUCUGCACCAGUUCUCUUUGCUGAAUUCAAUGCACAAGCUUUGAUUGCGCCAUUCCCAUCACUUGAAUAUUCUCUGCUCGAUGGUGAUGAAGAAGCAAUUUUAGCGCUUGAAGAACAUCUCCGACGUCGUAUCGAUGAACGACAUCGACUCACCAUGUUAAUUCACGAACAACAAGAUUAUUUACGUAAAUUUACAUUCGAAUUAGCAUCUGACUAUGAUUUGACUAUAUCUGAUCAUGAUGAAAUGACGAAAGAAAAUGAUCAACAAAGUAAAACCAUUCGUCAUUUACAAACUCGUAUCAAACUGUUGGAAAAAGCUCAACACGACUUUUACAAAACAACAAAUCAAAUUGAGCGUGAAAACAAAACAUUGAAGUCCCAAAUUGAAGACAAAAAUAACGAUUUGAAAACAUUGAAAGCCGAACGACGUAAAGAUAAAAUCGAUUUUGAAAAUAAACUAAAGAUUAAAAUCAACGAACUCGAACAACAAUAUGUGAACGAGCUGAAAAACAAAGAAACACGAAUGCGUGAACUCGAACGACAGCAUGAUGAUAAAUUGAAUAUUAUUCGAUCGAUGGCUGCAAGUAACACCAAUACUCCAAUAAAAGAAAAUGGUCAUCUAAACUCCAUGUCCGUUCGUAAACGAAGUCAAAGUGAAGAACGUGUUCUUCAAGAAAUACCGAUUCAGUCGCCCUCGUCUCGCCAGGGUCCAGCUGUACCACCCAAACGAUUUCGCAUGUAG